GUUGAAAUGAUAAGUGGUUUAUAAGAUUGUGUGUACCGUGAAAGAAAAAUGGCUACAUCCGACAAUGACGCAGUAAAGGAUGCGAAAAACGCUCCCACCAAAAAGAAACUUACAAGACAAGCGACCAAGGAUUCUACAAUGCUGGAAAAGGAACUAGAGGAAGAGAGAAAACGGAAUGCUUCGUUAAUGAUUAAAUUGAAAAAAGCGAAGGCGAACAAACGAAUUGAGAAGGCCAUGGGAGAUGACAGUUUGGUUGGCCUGCACUCAACAAUGCGCGAAAACGAUUCAGUCACUGCGCAAAAUUCGAUCCUCAUGACAUCUAUGAGUAAUUUGUCUUUCGCGUCUCUACAGGUCCCAGAGUGCAAACCUGUUGAGGGUGAAGAAGAUGUUGACAAAAAAUCGUACGAGCAGUGGAGGCAACUGUUAGAAGCAUCGAUGCAGCUAGCUGGAGUUGUCGACGAAGCGACAAAAAUGAACAUUUUUCGAAUCAAGGCAGGACAUAAAUUAUUGGAUGUUCUCGAUGGCACAGUAUCAAGCGCAGACUCUCCUGAUAUCACAACAUUUCCAUACUCAAAUGCUACACAUCGUUUGGGUAGUUUCUUUAACUCUCGGGACUACGCAUUCAUGCAACGACAAAAGUUAAGAUCAUUGAUCCAACAAUCUGGUGAAACGGAUAUGAAAUAUGUGAAACGAGUAAUUGCAGUUGCCAAACUCUGCGAUUACGCUGAUGCAAAUUUAGCAGAACAAGUCGCAGAUACGAUUCAGACUCAUGCCAUGAAUCGUAAAGUUCGUGAAAUCGGAAGGAAAAUUUUAAGAAAGGGCGGUUCUCUCUCCGAUCUUCUGGAAAAAGUUCGCGCCGCCGAAAUGGAACAACUAAAUGAGGACAUGUUUGCUGCAACUCAUGGAACUCCGAGAGCGGAGAUCGCUGCUGUUACACAUGGUCAACCAAGAGGCCAAUCACCAAACCAGAACACAAACGCACUGAAAUAUCAUUUCAAUACGCAGCCAAGGUACUUCGGAAACUUCAGAAGCAGCCGAGGAGGUAGAGGGUUUGACCGACGCGAGUUCACCAAGAACAUUGUUCAAUGUUGGCGGUGUUUGAGCAAGCAGCAUCAUCCAUCACAGUGCCACGCUAUGGACAAAAUCUGCCACAAUUGUGGACAAAAGGGCCAUCUUGUGAGAGUCUGCCGCCUGUGUCGCGCCCAAUGA